AUGAAGGGGUCUACCUAUGUCGUUGGUGAUUCGAAAGCUCCUGCAGCAGAGGGCGAGAUGAAGAUGCAUCCUGAGAAAGGGACGGCACCUCUGCAUCCGAUGGCUUGGAUGAGGAUGAGGGUGGAGAUGGAAUGGAGAUGGAUAGCAGCGAUGCCUGAUUGUGACGUGGUGACGCUUGUGAAGAGGAAGAGGAUGGGUGGCAGUGGGGUGGAGAUGGUCUUGAACAUGGAAUGGGUAGCGUUAGGAGGGGUGGAAGGAAUUGCAAACACGGAGGACGAAGCGAUAUCGGAUGAAGCAGCAGGAUUGCGGAUUGGCGGAGUGGCUGCAUCGAUUGCGGAAGAAGUAUGGAUUCGCGUCCAAAUCCACUUCCAUGUGAUGGUUUCAAGAUCAAAAGUGGAACGGGACUGGGAUUUCGCAGAAGUCUCCUGGGAUGGCGCUGUGGCCCCCACGUCCAUCACAGAUUUCUGUGUGGGCGUAGACAUCUUUGCUAAUAGCAGUGAGCGAUUUGGCUGGUCGGGCUAG